AUGUCGGUCUCUGAAGGGGAGGUGGCCGCACGGCACAAGAAGAGGAGCUCCGCCCAGGGCCGCGCCACCCUGCCCCUCACCCUCGAAAAACUCAAAGAGCUGCAGGCCGCCGCUUCUUCACAUCCAAAGAAGAAGACCCGGGUGGCGGUGGAGGGCGAGUACGAGGAUGAGGGGAGCCUGGCCGAGGAGCUGUCGGAGGUGCUGUCGGCCGGGGAGGCCGCCCAUGCGCGCGAGGCCGCGUGGCGCGUGGUGCCGCUCCUCGCAUCCGGCGCGGGACCGCAGCAGCCGCAGCCGCGCGGCGAGGUGGUGCGCGCGCUGUUCGAUCGCCUGCGGGCCGCCGCAGCUGGAGCACAGCAGCAGCAGGACUCGCCCGAGUUGCCGCUCCAGGACCUGCGCCACACGGCCCUCGCGCUCCUGCACUUUGCCCUCGGCGGUGAGGCCGAAGCGGAGAGCCGGCAGCACCAGCACCAGGCGGACCCGCAGCGGCGGCAGCUUCAGCGCGCCCUCGCCACAAACCGCGUCCUCAUGGAUGGCGGUGCGUACGAGGUCUACGUCGACUACUUUUGCGCAGCCCAGAGGUAG